AUGCCGGACGAGUCCAAGGCUAAAGCCUUUCCUGACAUUUCUUCAAAGCUGUCCGCUGCUCCGAAGAGGUCGCUCUUUGAACGCCAAAAGGCAGAGGCCGAAGCGAAACGUGCGCGCGAACGAGCCGAAACCGCCGCCGUAUACGAGGAUUUCGUCAAGUCUUUCGACGAUGACGGACAUAGCAACACCCGCACCACAUCAUCAUCAACAAACUUCAGGUCCAGUGGCCAUUCUGGCCCUGGAACUCUCGGUGGUGGUGUUGGCCCGCCGCCCAAACGGCACUUCACAAGCUCGUCCCUUAACCGCAACAGCGGUCCUGGCAGCUUAGGUCCAGCACCGUCGCUUGCACGGAAGCGAACGUACGACGGCUUCUAUCGUGAUCGAGACAGGGAUAAUACUAGUCAUGGGAUUUUUGGCUAUGAGGACAAUGACCCGCCAGCGGCCUUUCGUGCCUCUGAUGAUGAGGAAGAAAGAGUCGCAGAGGAUAAAGAGGCCGAACGAGCUGUUGCGAAACCUACAGUCUAUCUAUCUUCUCUACCACCAGGGUCAUCGCCUGCUGUUAUUAAGUCGUUGAUCCCCGGGAAUCUUACAGUUGACGGCGUCAAAAUCAUGCCUCCGUCUACUCAAGCAUCUACAGAACGCAGGUCUUUCUCCGCCAUUGUCACCUUGGCGCAAGAAACAGCUGCUUCAGAUAUUGACUCGGCAGUGAGUGCUCUGCAAGGCAAAUAUCUGGGAUGGGGUUAUUAUCUAUCGAUUUCGCGCCAUCUUUCCUCCGCAGCAAUACAUUCGGGAAUGCCUGUGGCUGUUGGCUCAUCGUCUACCAGCUCAUUGCCUUUCGGUGCAAAACCAAUUAAUCAAGCGCCUGUCGGUAGGCUCAGUCGAGCACCCCCGCCGGGACCUCAUCGUGGCGGAUUCGCACCCCCGUCUUCGUACGGCUCUCAAUAUGCGAGACCUGCGUCAACGGCGCAUAUAGAGGUCAAACCGCCUUCGGAUUUGAAACAAAUAAGACUUAUCCACAAAACCCUUGAGAAUUUAUUAAAGUAUGGACCGGAAUUUGAGGCAUUACUCAUGAGCCGCCCGGAGGUGCAGAGAGAGGAGAAAUGGGCUUGGAUAUGGGAUGCUCGCAGUGUUGGGGGCGUCUGGUAUAGGUGGAAGCUCUGGGAUAUUCUCACCAACCCAAAAAUCAAUCAAAGCCAUUAUCGGAAGAAUGACAGUCCCACUACUACGUUCAUAUUUGAAGGGGGCGCCAAUUGGAUUGGUCCAGAGAAUCCAAUCCGAUUUGAAUAUGCCACUACGCUUGGCGAAUUUGUUUCGGAUGAGGAUUACAAUUCAUCGGAAGAAGAAGAGUCUGAUAACGAAGACACAAGGCGGCGUCAUGCAGUGGAUGACUCGCUUGCAACACAGGACGGGAUAGGAUAUAUGGAUCCGUUGCAGAAGGCGAAAUUAACGCACCUACUUGCUCGGCUUCCAACAGCUAAUACCAAACUGCGGCGAGGGGAUGUAGCUCGAGUGACAGCCUUUGCAAUUCAGCACGCAAGCGCGGGGGCAGAGGAGGUGGUUGAGAUGCUAGCUGCCAAUGUUCUUCGGCCAUUUGCAUAUUCACGUGCAAACCCAAAUCGCGAGGAGGCGCAGACUGCGCUGAGGGAGAGUGAAGCGAACGCCUUCAACACUGGAGAGAAGACCGACAACGCACUGUCCGGUUCUGGAAAAAUCAGUGAGGACACAUCAGCUGCGAAGCUUGUUGGUCUCUACGUAAUAUCAGAUAUUUUCUCCUCAUCGUCUACCAGUGGUGUGCGUCAUGCCUGGCGAUACCGACAACUCUUUGAAAAUGCGUUUCGCACACACAAAGUUUUCGAGCAUCUAGGCCGUUUAGAGAAGGAAUUGGGUUGGGGUCGACUCAAAGCAGACAAAUGGAAACGUAGCGUCGGGUCAAUCCUACAUCUCUGGGAAGGAUGGAGUGUUUUUCCUCAGGCAGCCCAGGAACACUUUGUUCAGGUGUUUGAAAAUCCGCCUCUGACAGAGAAGGAAGUGGAGGAAGAGAAGAAGAAAACCGAAGCAGAGCAAAUUACCUCGUCUCUGGGCAACAAAGGCAAGAGUCGCUGGAAAACGGUGGACGAAGAUGCGCCUGCAGGUGGGAGAUUUGAUCCCAGUCAGAUGUCGGGACCCGAGCAACAGAGUGCUCAAGCGUCUGAUGAUGGCCUGGAGGGCGAGCCAAUGAGUGACAUCGACGGUGUGCCCAUGGAAGACAGUGACGUUGAAGAGGCCGAGUUGGACGGGCAGCCUCUGGACAUGGAUGUUGACAUGGAGAAUGCUCAAGAGCACCAGCGGCAGCCAGAUCAGGCGACAAAGACAGCUAGCAAACCUGAGGAGAACACUCCAGUUGGGCGAGUGAGAAGACCGCGGCCUAAAGCGGAGGAUAUGUUUGCCGAUUCUGACGACGAGAACGAUUAG